AUGGCUGUUUCUCCUACGUUUGGAGGGGGUUUGCCACCAUUGGUGUUUCAGCAUUUGGGUGGUUUGGUCGUUCUGCAGGACUCCAUAUCAGUCAGGUAUACUGACCUCAGGUAAAUCUAAUGCUACUGGUGAACAUCUGUCUUGGAACGUUGACAGGGUAUGAGAUGAGCCAUUAUAGGUCGCAAUAAAGGCAAAAGGGAAUCCCCAUCUAUAUUUGAUGUUGCGUGAGCGGAGUUGGUCGGUUAUAGGUCUCAAUGUCGUCCUGGCCUGGAGUGUUGCCCAUGAGAGGUCAGGAUAUAUUUGUAGGGGGACAUUGUGGAAGAGAGCGGUUGAGAUGUUUGGCAUAGAUCCCUUAAAAUAUCCUCUUUUACCGUGAGGUAAUGUAACCUACAAAUGACAUAUCUCGGAGCUGCAUUAGGGCCCCCCCUGUGUUUCAGUGCCCUGUGCGCGUGAUCAAACAGUACCUAAGCUUCAGCUAUUGAGGAGAAGGUUGAAGAGCUCCCUUAAUGUCAAUAUCAUCAUGCUUUGAUGAACAUAAUUUUUUCGAUAUUAUCAUGCUUUGAUUUAAACCAAACGUUGCUUUCUAAUGAUGAACCACAUUGCCAUAAUUUGAUCCCUUAUGCAUGCUGUGUGAUUUUGUCGAAAUAUGCCUAUGUUCUAAGCUCCAGUAUUUUUGAGCCCCUUCCAGGCUAUGUUUAUCAGAUGUUUGAUAAUGCUUAUGUCUAAUUAUGCAUUCAAUGGAUGCCCAAACAUGUUAGAUUUUUCACCUACUAAAGCUCUAUUUCACCAUGCUGUAAAAUGGUAGACCUCCACGUUACACAUAUGUUUAAUUCUUUUGUAUGUUCCAAAAUAUCGCCUCCAAAAGAUUUGCUUUUUUCAAUAUUAUCAGGUAUUGACGGAUGAAAAAUAAAAAAAGAAUUUAACACAAUUUACUUGCUUUGCACAGCCCAGUUCUAUCCUACAUUGGCAGAUGAUUUGUUCUCAUACCUCGUCCUAAUUUGGUAUAUCGAAAGGAUUUCCAGUUUGCUUGGCCUCCCUUAUCAGAGAUUAAAAAGGAGAUUUACCCACCAUUUUCCUUCUCCAUGCAAAGCUCUUUGCUGACAUCCUCCGCCUUAGCUGACAUCAUCAGAAUUGAUUAUCUCAGCCAAUACAUUGCUUUCCCAUUAGAAAGCACUCAAUUGCAUUCUACAAAGAACAAAGUAGAAGUAUAGAGGGUGUUGUAUUGAAAGUAGUCUACUUCUUCUCGAAUUUAGAUAUGGUUCCACACAAUAGGUUAAUUUUAAAACUAAAAGAAAUUGGUCUAGAUACAAAUUUGUGUUCUUGGUUAUAACAUUGGCCUAAAGAUAAAGUGCAGAGCGUUUCAUCAAUAGCAUAUUUUUACCUAAACAAAUUAUCAAUUCUGACGAUCUCAGCCAAAGAGGCAGGAUAGGGGGUGGAGGGCAAUGCUUUUUCUUUGUUCUAUUGUUAUUCUCUAUGCUGUUUUUUUUAUUUUCUGUACAUGCCGUGUAUAUUGUAUUUAAUACAUGCAGUCUACUAGUAUUUAUGGCAAAUGUGACUAUUAAUUUCUUGGGACAAGUAAUCUAUUGGGCAAACGUUUCAUGAAAAACUCUACAUGUCUGUUUCUUUCUCUCCCUUCUUUAAUUUUUUUUUUUUUAACUUAAACAUCAAUUUAAUGUUCCAUCUCAGUGACUUUCCACUUCACCAUUCUUGUAAUAUAUUUGUUCAUGUGGCUUUUAUCGUCUUACAUUUGUGUUUAUUUUUUGUGCAAUCUAUAAAACAAUAAAUAAUGUAUUAUAAUAAAAAUGUAAUUAUUGGGAAAUGUAGUAAAUAGAAAUCUACUGAAAUCCUUGUGGGUGAGCAACUGGGAUAGUGACUAUGAAGGAUCAUAGCUUUCAAGUAGCUGCACACUCUGAUUGCCCCAUAUUAUCACUUUCAUUAAUUGUAUUCGUGGCAUCUCAUUCUUACAGGCCUACAUAAUAUGUUGGUAAUUUAAUAAUAAUAAUAAAAAAUUAGAUUAAUUGCUUGUUUUGGAAAAUAUAUAAUUAGGCAUACCUGUUUAACUUAUAUUGUAUGUCAACAUAUAUAAUGAGACACUAAAGGCACCCAAACCAUUUCAUCUCAAUGAAGCGGUCUGGUUCAGUGCUCCGGUCAUUUUAGCCCUGCAAUGUAAAAUAUUGCCAUUUAGUAGAUACCGUAAUGUUUUCAUUGCAGGGCUAAACAUAGAAGACACUAGAAGUGCUUCCACUGGAAGAAGCAAGUUUUCACAUGUCAUCCUCUUUCUAUGCUUCUCAUAGAGAGCAUUCAAUUGGAGGAGCGUGGUGCUCACCAUGCUUGCACUUCUUAGGCCCAAUACUUCUCUAGAAGAAGCGCUGAAUUAGACGAGUAGAUGAAGAAGCAACGCCUGCAGAAUGAUGUCGCUGGGUGUGUGCUGCGGCACUGAGUGAGUCUUGGAGUUCGGAAAAAAGUAAGUAAAAACUUUUUUCCCAUUUUUUAAAAAAUAUAAUUUAGAGGGCCCUGAAUCUACAGAUGGAAGAGAACACAAUAUCAUUAGAAACACGUUUGCAUUAGCAGUGUUCCUUUUAAGAAAAAAUGAUACAGCUAACAUAUAAUUUAAUUCCAUUAUCUACGUCUUUCACCAGAUUUUUUUUUUUUUUUAUCUAGAAGUGUAAAUACAGAUAUAACUGAGUCUUUCAUCACCAUAUUUUAUUUAUUUUUUUGAUACUUAAACCACAACUUCCCAUAAUUACUGUAUAAAAGGACUAAUUUUAUGCUGAAAAGGAGACAUCUGUGAUUACGAGAAAAUAACAAAAAGACCAAGAAGCUGCUGAGAAGGUCAGAAUAUUAUUAUUACUGAAUAAUACAGAAAAAAAAUAUAUAUAAUUUAUUGUUGUAACCGUUUAUUUUUCUGUUUAGUAUGUUUACAUUUCUGUUGUUGCUGUGUUUGGUGGGGUCGAUCUACACUCAGGAGUCUGGUAAGUUAAAAAACAAACUGAGGUAAUUUUUGUAAUGGUAAAUGUUUUAUUAUUAUUUUAUUACUUUGCUUUUUAUUGACUUAAAAUUUGCCUUCAGGGGAUAAUGUUCAGGAAGACUAUGAAAUCCAAAAUAAUAUAGAACCCAUCCCUCUAAGUGAUGCCACAUCUGAAGACCAUCUGGAGGAUUCUCUGACUUCUGAUAAAAACACAAUUGGUGAUAAAUGUAAAUCCUACAAAUUUUAUAACCAUCAUCUUACUUUUAGUGCUGCUCAGGUUGGUGUUUUCAUUUGUUUGUGUUCAUUUCACACAUUUUCAGUGGAUUGCUUUUUUAUUUGCAUCUAUGUAAAUAUAUAUGCCUCUUGCCUGUGAUUGGCUGAGGAUGAGCUACUUUCAACUAUAAUCAUGUGUCGCAAAUAUAACUUCGCUUUGUAGAGCUUCUGACGAUGCCUGGAUCACAAAACAAAUCAUUAUUACUAUUUUAUUUUUAAACAUUUGUACGCAGCAAAUAACUAUUGAAAUUAAAUUGAUGUCUGCGGUUUAAGGGUACAUAACCGGAAUUAACUUGUCAGGGCAUGAUUAUAUCCUUGAUUCACUCAUUCAUUAAUUUUAGAUAUACCUAAAGUAGUGCCUAAAUGAUUGAAAGCUUAAAAUAAGAAAGUUGUACGUUGCAUCUUUGGAUAUAAUGUGUCACUAUUCUUACUCAAUCCAAUAAAUUCUAAUCCUGGGUAUAUCUCUAUCAACAUUGUGUUCCACAGGGAAUCUGUAGACGGUAUGGUGGGAAUCUCUGUUCAAUUCACAGUGCAAGGACCAACAGAUGUGUUUCGAAUCUGGUGAGGAGAGCAAACAAAAGUGUAACAUUGGUCUGGAUUGGUGUGAGGAACUAUGGAGGAGUAAGUAAAAUUUAAUUCCAUCUUUAACAUAUUAAAAAUUAUUUUAGCAUAAGAGCAUUUUUUUUUCUUUGUAACUGUUUGUUUCAAAUACUAUUGGAGAUUAUUAGAAUUAAUACUGUUUGUCCUGUGCAGAAAAAUACUGACUUGUACUUGUUGCAAUCCAUUUUUUGCAAUCGUUGCACAGUUUUUAUGGACAGUGAGGGAAAAAAGUAUUUGAUCCCCUGCCGAUUUUGAACGUUUGCCCACUGACAAAGAACCUGUCUCCCACUGUUAAAAUACACCUACCAUUAAAAUUAUAGACUGAUCAUUUCUUUGUCAAUGGGCAAACGUUCAAAAUCAACAGGGGAUCAAAAACGUUUUUCCCUUACUGUACAUGCUCUUCUCACUCCUACCAGAUUUGCCCCAAUUGGACUGCUCUAAUUUGGUUCAAAUAUUGAUUUAAUUCAAAUUAAUUUUACUAUAUUGCUCAUGUCAAUAUGUGUUAUAGCUGUGUAUUUAUCAAAUUAGUCCAAAAAAAAUAAUCAACAUUUUCAUAGCAGUUGUCAUAUUCCCAGAGACCUGGCAUCAGUAUAUAGCUCACCAGCCAAGUCUAUUAGCCUAUCAUAUAAUUUAUCAGACCAGCACUUACAAACUCCUUUUACAGAUUUAUAUAUACAUAUGCUCGAUCUCCUUAACAAACAAUUAACUUAACACACGCUCACACUACGACAGAGGCACACUUAUUUACAUACACUUUUACACUAAAUUACACACACAGACACACAGUAAAUAACACACAUACACACUCAAUAAUUUACACACAAUCACACUAAAUUGUUAUCACACUUAUUUACAUACACUUUUACGAUAAAUUACACACACACACAUACACACAGUAAAUAACAUACAUACACACUCACUAAUUUAUAGUCACACUAAAUAUAAAACUUAUUUACACACACACUCCCACUGAAUUACAUACAUACACACACUAGUAGAGACUACUCUAUAUAGUACUGGAUGUUCUAAAAUUUAUUUUUGCCCUUUUAGGCCAUUAACUGUGAAUACAUUUUAGGAAAGAACAAUUUUAGGUGUGCAGGUUGUAUAAUUUUUUUUGUUGCAAUUCUUUUCAGAAUUCUCCAUUCAGAAAUGUAGAUGGCACUCGACUGGACUACACCAACUGGGGAUGUGGGCUAUCUUCCAGUAUUAGUAGGUGCGCUGCCCUCAAUAUUCACAGUAAGUGUAAAAAGGUCUUGGCUGGUCUCUGUCGAUUGAGUAAUUACUGUCGUGGGUGUCAUACACUCAGCUACCAAACACUGUUUAUAAUAAAAUGGCCUGAUUCUGAAAACGUGUAUCAUUUUUCUGCACUCAUACAGUUAUCACUUUGCUCUCUGUUAAUGAAAUAUGAGUUGACCUUGUUAUUCACACAUUUGUGGACGACAUGUACACUUUAAAAGUGAUUUGUAAUCAUUGUGUCUCACACAGCAUCACCAAAAUCUUUUCCAAGUAGGAUAACACUCUGUGAUAGAUUACAGAGAAUACCAGGUGAAGGGUACACAUGUAUGGAUCUUCUAUCCACCUAGCUCUGGUGAUAUGUUUUUUUAUAAGUUAAAGCACAAAUUAAGAAAAUUGAUACAUGCUGCAAUAUAAUAUGCUCUAAUAGAUACUGCAAAACCCCUUCUCCUAAUAUUUUUCUUUUUCUUUUUUAUAGCUGGUCGAUGGCAUACUUUCCAUUGUGGGAUACGUCUUCCAUUUGUUUGCAACUACUAG